AAACUCACGAACUUGCUCGACUGACUGACUAUUUCCUUUCCACAGCUGAAAAGUGCACAAGCCUCGUGGAAAAAAUUAAAUAUUGUUCUACAAAUAAAGUACAAAAUUGGCCCGAGGUUUUUUAAAAUUUGUAAUAAAGUUGGGAACUAAAUUAUUGUGAAAACUUUGGAAAAAAUGGCAGCCGCAGAAGCACUAUCGAAUGCACUGAUCGUUGAAGCCAUUCUAAAACGGGUCCCCGAUCCCGCCGACAUUGUCCAUUUCCGGCUCGUGUCCACCCUCUGGAACGAGGUCAUCCUCUCCUUCCAUUCCCCCCCACGGGUCACCGUCCACCUCAACCGGGCCGUCCCCUGGCGCGAUGCGGUCGCGCAGGGCCCCUUCAUCACCCCCCGUAAAUUGGCCUCCUUUCCCCCAAAACUCCUAAAAUCCAUCGCCCUCACCGCGCACCCCGACGACGACGCCAUCCUCCCCCAAGCGGUCAAUCUCCUCGCCCAAAUCGGCCCCCACAUUCACCACCUUUCCGUCCUGGGGGGCGCCUCCGUGGGGAAAUUUGUGCACAAUAUAUUUGCACAAUGCGAAUUCGAAAAACUCAAAAAUUUGCGUGUCAUCCUCGACGAGAAGAAGGUGCAUACAUACAAAAGGCGAGACCGCCCCUACGUCACGUGGCCGGAAGUGGGCAACCCGGAAAUUAGCGAAAAACCGAAACUCCUAAAAAUUCAGUACAUCGUAGAAUCCAAAUUUCUCCUGGGUUCCGACGUUUCGGAGGAACAGCAGACAUUUUUGCGGUUUUUGCUAGCAGUCACCCCAAAUUUGGAAAGUUUACGAGUAAAGGAUGAUUAUUUGUCGGGAAUCCCGGCAGAUUUUGGAAACUUGUCGGAGUUCCGGUUUAAUUGGAAUAUUGGGAAGAAUAAGAGUCCGGAUAUGGUCACGUUGCAAAAUUUGAACGUUUUUCUGGAAACGGUGAAAGUUUCCUUGGAGCGGUUGCAGUUAACGGUGGGAUUUACGGGGUUUCGGAGAUUGUACGAUUUUUCUCAGUUUAGUGAUCAAUUUCGCUUUCCGAGGGACGGGAUUCGCAACUUGAAAUGGUUUGAGAACGGGGUCAUGCGGAUUUUCAAGUGUGGAGUGAGGGACUUGGAGAAAAUGGGGAAAUUAAAGCAUUUGGACUUGUGUGAGAUACCGAAUGAGGUUUACCAAAGGGCGAACGUUUAUGUGGGGAAUAUUUUAAGGAGGGAUAACGCUUGUUGGGGAGGAAUUACGAAUUUGAAGCUGUGUGGGAUCGAGGAUCUGGAGUUGUUGGAGAGGAUUGGUCCAAUGUUCCCGUCUUUGAGGCGACUAAAUAUCAACGUUCGGCUCUGGAUUUUCAAACAAGGCGAAUUGAACGUCUUUCUGAGAAUGAUUUUCGAACGGUUGGCUCCAAUCAAGGCGUUGACCCAUAUUUCCGUGGGGGCCCCCUUUCCCACCAGAUUUUCCAGAUUUAUCGACUUUUUGGAAUAUUUGGCGACAUCUUUUCCAGAUGUGACCGAGGUGCGUAUCGAGCACUGCAUGUGCGACGGGGGGACUGGGGACCGCACGUACCAGCGAUUUUAUGACCCCGCCGAAGUCGACGCCAUACAAAUGGACCGAUUCCGCAACCUUGUCCCUACUCUUUUAGGGUGUCGAGAAUUAACCGAAUUCACCGGAAUGGAUAUUGCCCACCUUCAAACGGGCCUCGUUUUUCGGAGAGGUUCCCCAUUCCAGAGUGAAUUACCAUGGAAGCAAAAUAAGGGCGGGAAAAUUUAACCCGUUUUUUAAAACCACGGUUUUUAGUAAUUUAUGUGAUAAAUUUUAUACCUUGUUGCAUGCAACUGGCAUGGAUUUCACUCUUAAAAAUAUUAUGAGUACAUAUUUUUAACGAAUUAUUUUCGCAAAAUUUCUUAAUCUUAUCAACGUCAAGUUUUUCUAAAACGUUUAUCUAUUAUGUCAAACAUUAUUCAUUAAGUUAGUUAAAUAUCAUGAUUUCUUUCAAUUAGUCUUAAAAUUAUGCGUGUUAUAAAUACGCGUUAAAAAAUUAUUAUGAAAAUCUCAAGAAGAAGUGGUCACACUUAUUUAUGUUCGCGAAUAUACAUAUGUAAUAUGAAAAUCAUGUUAAAAUUUUUCAUUGUGGUAAUAAAUAAAUUUAAAUUAUUAGUAAAA